GCAUGCCCCGUACGCACCGCUCGUCCUGGCGUGUCAGUACCAGCCAGAUGGAAACGUAGGCAAGUGAAUUUGGUGAGGUCAUGUAUUUUUAAGCCGCACAGCGGAAUAAAUCGCUCAUCCGUCGCGGCACAAACGUAUAGUCCGCUGGUCGGGGAGCGUCUCGCCACCGAAUCGGACCGCGCGGAUCGACAGGUCGAGCUGAACCACAGCGAGGACAUUUUUGGAUGCUCAGAAGGCAGCGAUCGAAGACUUUGCCAUGAACAAAAACAAGAGAGAGCGGGAGUUCUACAGCUUAGACGUGGGCGAUUCAACGUUCACGGUGCUGAAGCGAUACCAGAAUCUAAGACCUAUCGGCUCAGGAGCACAAGGAAUUGUCUGCUCUGCUUAUGACCAAGUCCUCGAACGAAAUGUCGCCAUCAAGAAGCUGAGUCGACCGUUUCAAAAUCAGACCCAUGCCAAGAGGGCAUUCAGAGAGCUAGUCUUAAUGAAAUGUGUCAAUCAUAAAAAUAUCAUUGGUCUGUUAAAUGUAUUCACACCGCAAAAAUCUUUAGAAGAUUUCCAAGAUGUCUACUUGGUGAUGGAGCUGAUGGAUGCCAACCUGUGCCAGGUCAUUCAGAUGGAGCUGGACCAUGAGAGACUGUCCUAUCUCCUCUACCAGAUGCUGUGUGGCAUCAAACACCUCCAUGCGGCUGGCAUCAUUCACAGGGACCUGAAGCCCAGUAAUAUAGUUGUCAAGUCCGACUGUACACUGAAGAUCCUGGACUUUGGUUUGGCCCGGACGGCAGCUACGGGCCUCCUGAUGACUCCGUAUGUGGUUACACGCUACUACAGAGCUCCAGAGGUUAUCCUGGGCAUGGGCUACCAGGCUAAUGUGGACAUAUGGUCUGUGGGCUGCAUACUGGCGGAAAUGGUUCGCCAUAAAAUCCUCUUCCCAGGAAGGGACUAUAUUGACCAGUGGAACAAGGUCAUUGAGCAGCUAGGCACUCCAUCUCAGGAUUUCUUAAUGAAGCUGAACCAGUCAGUGAGAACAUAUGUAGAAAACAGGCCACGCUACGCUGGCUACAGCUUUGAGAAGCUGUUUCCAGACGUGCUGUUCCCUGCUGACUCUGAUCACAACAAACUGAAAGCGAGCCAAGCUAGAGAUCUGCUAUCCAAGAUGCUGGUGAUCGAUGCCUCCAAGCGCAUCUCUGUAGACGAGGCCCUGCAGCACCCCUAUAUUAACGUUUGGUACGAUCCGGCUGAAGUGGAAGCGCCUCCUCCGAAGAUCCUGGACAAACAGUUGGACGAGAGGGAGCAUACCGUGGAGGAGUGGAAAGAGCUAAUUUAUAAAGAAGUCACCGAAUGGGAGGAGUGGACGAAAAAUGGUGUGAUAAGAGGCCAGCCAGCGCCUUUAGGUGCCGCAGUGAUCGACAGUCCCCCUCAGCCCACGUCGUCGUCGUCGUCCUCCUCCUCCUCCUCCUCCGCCAAUGACGUGUCAUCCAUGUCCACCGAGCCCACGGACCCGAGCAGCGACCCCGCCAUGACCUCUGAAACGGACAGCAGCAUGGACAGCCACACGUCCCUGAGCGCGCUGGCCUGCUGCAGAUAACGCACACACACCCACACGUGUGACGAGCGAGUCCAGGCCCCGUUAGUUGGUAGAGCUGCGCCCAUACAGUAAUCUGCAGCUUCUUUUAAUUUCCUCCCCCUACUGCUGUAAAUGACCGUGGUCUGAAAUUGUAUCAUUACUACUGUAUUUUUGCUGCGAAGAAGUAUGUUUUGACGUGAACCUGUGAUGUAUGUUAUGCAAGCGAGGGGUGCGAGUGUGCUUUAGACAGUGCUGUUUUUUAGCUACUGCUAUACAGUUGAAUACCACACUGGUAGCACGUUAUGUUGACCAUAUAGUCAACAUAUUAUUCCUAAUGUCCAUUUGGCUUAGUUGUUUUUGGCACAGUUGAAUAACUGUCUUCAGAUGUAGACUAUAGCACAUUUAAUCUUGGAUCUUAAUGCCAAUGACUUCUUUUAUUUUCACAUAGUUGCUCAUCUCUUUUGUAGAAAGCAUCCGUCUGUGUAUCCAGGUCGAUAUUUUUCUUAGAAUGUCCCUCCUGACUGUGUGUGUCUUGACAAGCAGUCACGUGGCCUCGUUGCCAUGACCGUGAAUCCUCUUGUUUUUUUCUUUUUUGUUUUUUUUACCGGAACAUGUUGAAACCAAUUGUAUUUGAAGUUGUUUAUUUACUUGGAUGUAAUUUGUAGGCGAAGGUCUGUUGGAUGAGGAGGAACAGUGUGAAUGUAAGUGAACAGAGAUGUGUCAUCGUAAGGAGCCGCUGAUUAGUAUUAGUGCUGUGAGUUAAUAUAGGCCAGAAUGAGUGCUGUGUUUGGGGACUGUCACCAGAGACCAAGUCUAAAUAGGUCACUUUACUCUUUGUGGCAGGUUGGUUCAGACAUAAUCCACAGCUGUCUGAUAUUUAAGAUAUUUAAUUUAAGUGCCCUUACUCAGUUUGGUGAUUUUUGACUCCUCUCCGCGUCGGAGGCUCCUCUCUCCUGUGGUGCGUCUUUCUGAGUUCUACCUCACACAUGCACACACGGUAUGUACCUGUAUAUCAUGGCACACACAAUUCGAAAGAAAUCCGAAACGUAUUUUUCUGUAUUUAUUUAUUUCAAGCUAGGAUGUGUCUAUUGUAUGUAAUGUACAUUUCACUCAGAACUAUUUAUAUGCAUUUUUAUUUUUUGUUUUCUGUGCAAUAUAAUUUAUAGAUUAGUAUAUUUAGUGAUUAAUUGGUACAUUUUCCUGUAGAUACAUGUAUUUUUCUGAAAGUCAGGCAUUUGCUGCCUGCCUUAGUAACCUUUGGAUGUAUGUGAAGGCUCUAAUAAUCCAGCCUGUCCCUUCUGCCCUUUUUCUAGUCAGACACCAGGGCAACAACCCUUCAUCACUUCUCAAAAUGCCCAUUAGGGAAUUUGACACGUCCUUUUCGGGCCACAUCUCAACCGACUGUCGUGGCUUCCUCAUUUUGUGGUUCGCCUCGCCCCCAUCUUCUCCAGAAUAGAAAAAUAGAAUAGACUACGCAUGAGAUUCCUCUGAGAAAAUCUGGUUUUAGUGCAGGUAUAGAGCGGAGAGCCACGUAGCACUACUAGGGCGAUGCUGCUGCAGUCUUGGGAUGGUUGAGGGUCUGAAAGUAGUGGACGCGAGUUUAGCCUUUGGAUCUGGAAUUGCCUCACUAGCACACCGAUUACACAGCAGAAAUGAAAACUGUCCAUUAAAGAGUUGAAUUGUAA